AUGGCCUCGUCAGAAUACACAUAUGACGCCGAGGGCGAAGUGUGGCCCUUCUACGUGAUGGCGGUGUUGUCGUUUGUACUUCUCCCUAUGACCGCCCAAUGGAUAUACUCUGUUCUUCAGCGGGAUUUGGGGCUGAACAAGGGCAUUACCGGUGCUAUCGACGUCACCGUCGGCGACGAUGCCGAAGUCGCCAACGUCACCAAAUACCGCCGCAAGCUGAACCGCUCCAAGGUGUUCACCAAGAGAUUGUUGGUGAUCAUCCUUGGCUGGGCCGCCGUCGCCUACAUUGGUCUCUACUUGACGAAAGAGGCCACCACCGCCGCCGUCAAGUUUGACCCUUACGCGCUUUUGGAUGUUUCCGUCACUGCCAGCGACCGUGAAAUCAAGUCAAAGUACCGUAAGUUGUCCAUCACCCACCACCCGGAUAAGUUGAGUGGCAAAGGUCUUUCCGAUAAGGAACGUGAGGCCGCCGAACAAUUGUGGGUGCAAAUCGGGUUGGCUUACAAGUCGUUGACCGACCCCGCCACCAAGGAAAACUUCAUCAAGUACGGUCACCCCGAUGGGCCUCAAGAAGUCACCCACGGCAUUGCCCUCCCCACGUUCUUGGUCGAGGGUAAGUACUCUUGGGUCAUGGUGAUCAUCUACUUCGCGUUGAUCGGUGGGCUUUUGCCUUACAUUGUCGGUCUGUGGUGGAACAACGUCAAGCUGCACACCAAAAAGGGUUUGCAUGUGGACACUGCUGCCCACUUCACCCGUCGUUUGGCUGACAGAAACCCCGCUAAAGUGGUGACUCCUGAUACCAUCUUGGAAUGGGUGGUGUUCCUGCAAGAGAUCCAAGCUCAAUUCAGAAAGAAGUACACUCCGGCUCAAUUGUUCGAACUCGUCAAAUUGCACUUGACUCGCCAGGACGCAGGCGCCAAGGAAGCCGACAAACUUAAGUUAGUAGCAAUGUUGCCUAACCUUAUUAGUGGGUUGGCUGAUAUUGCCACUGUGUUCCGUCAACCUGAAGUGGUGUUGCCCGCGAUUGAGCUCCAAAAGCUGCUUGUUGCUGCUGUCAACUUCAAUGGCAAGUACCAAGAGCUUUGGCAAUUACCUUAUGUUGACCCUAAGGUGGUGGAAAAGCAACCGGUUCAAAAGCUUGGUAAGUUGUUGACUUUGACUCCUGAAGAACAAAAGAAGGUGUUGGGCAUCAAGAGCGAUGACAAGCUCGCCGCUGCGAUUAAUGUCGCCAAGUACAUCCCGGCUUUGCGUGUGGUUCUGGCCAAAUUUGUUGUGCCCGAUGAGCCCCAUGUCACCCCUUCGUCGACCGCGUUUUUGGAUAUCAAGUUUUUGGUGAAGGGAUGGAGACUCAAGCUGUGCCCUGAGUUGCCUGAAGAACGCUUAGAAGACGAAGAAACUAUGGAAUACUUGCGUAACCCCCUCAUCACCAACGAUAACCAGCCUCAGCUUCCAGUGGCGUACGCUCCUUACUUCCCGCUGCAAAUAUUCAACAACUGGACGGGGCUCUUGAUUAACCAAUUGGACAACAAGAUUGUUGACAACUCCAGCGCGUUCAAGGUGACGAACAUCGACUUGCUGAACCUCGACUUGACCCAGGAGGAAUGGAUCGAUGGCAAAAAGGUGGUGGUUUCGUCGUUUAAGGUGCAACUUCCUGGCCCCACCCCGCCUCUGCCCGGUACUUACCCGUUCCGGGUGGUGCUCAAAAACAACGCCUACUAUGGGUGUGAUGUCGAUAUCCCCGUGUUUAUGGAUGUGAAGCCAGCCCCUAUUCGCAUGGAUACGAAGAAGUUCGUCACCAAGUCGAAGAAAACGCGCAUUUCCACUGGCGAUCUGGAUUCGGAAGAAGAAUCUGAUUCUGACUCUGAGUCUGACAUGUCGGACGCUGACGCCAACGAGGUGCUGGCGGCGCUUAAAGCGUUGAAGGGGCUCGCCGAAGAGAAGGCUGCCCUGUCCAAGGUGCAAGAAAUCGACUCUGAUGACGACAACGAGCUGGUGUUCUCCGACAUCAACACCGACACCGAGGAUGAAGCUGAGGAAGUGAAGAAGUAA